AUGGAGGAGAAAGAAACCAACGAAAUCGAGCUUGAGCAGUCCUCAGAGAUUGAAAGAGGAAAGACAGAGCUCGAUAAUAAUAUUCCUAUCCCUGCCGAGGAGGAAAUCGAACCACAUGUUUCUGCAAAAACAUGGACCGUGGCUGCCAUCCUUUCCAUGGGAUAUGGCCUCUCUUUUGUCCCUGUUCCUGCCAUGGCCGCCAUCGGCCCUCAACUGUCCGCUGAGUUUGGCAACCCAAACGACUAUGUCUGGUUUGUUUCAGCUUGGAUCAUUUCUAUCACAGUCUGCUUCAUGAUUGCUGGCGCGAAUACUGAUCUUCUUGGCCGCCGCUGGUUCCUUGUCCUCGGUAACUUAGUCUGUUGCAUUGGACAAAUCAUUCUUGCAGUGGCGAAGACGAACAACACAAUUAUUGCAGGCAUGACCGUGACCGGCUUCGGUGCUGCUCUUUGCCAAAUGGCUGCUUUCGCCUUAACCGAGCUUCUUCCCAACAAGUGGAGACAUAUUGGCGUCGUCUUUGCCGAUAUUGCUGUCUAUGCCUGCAUUACAGUCAUCCCGGUCACGGCUCGUUAUGGCUACUAUGUUGGUAGCUGGCGUGCCAACUUCAUCGCUGCCGCUGUGUUGCAGUUUGCUUCUUUCCUCGGCCUGUACUUCUUCUACUUCCCACCUGCGCACCCCCUGGGCUUGCCAUACAAACAGGUACUACGUGAGCUUGAUUACGUCGGUAUUUUCUUAUUCCUUGCAGGCUCCCUCCCGUUCCUCGUCGGCAUCGUCUACGCAUCCAUCUUCCCAAGCACUGAUGUUCAUGUUAUCGCGCCUUUGGUUGUCGGAUGCGCCCUGCUCGUGGCCUUCGCUCUUUGGGAAACUUACGGAAACACAAAGCAUCCCCUUACUCCGACUGAAAUCUUUACGAACGGGUGGGGCAGGGACUUUACAGCCCCUUGCAUCGCGCUGGCUGUGAUUAAUAUGUUCUAUUAUAGUAGCUCGAUCCUUUGGCCCACGAUGAUUUCAGUCUUCUAUACAAAGCCGGAGGAUGGAUGGCAAAGAGGGGCUAUCCUUUCCCUACCGCAGGGCCUGGCGAUCACUGCUGGGGGCGUCCUGCUUUCGCUCUUUGGAUCAAAGAUCAGACAUUGGCAACAUCAACAGACAGUAGCUGUGACUAUCAUGGUUUUCUUUGGAAGCUUAAUGGCUUUGGCUCGUCCUGAUAACAUGGGAAUGAUGAUAGCGUUCAUGACCCUUAGUUUGAUGGGCUAUGGUUGGUCGAUUUAUCUCUGCAUUGCGGUGACGCAGAUGGGUGUUCCACACGAGAAACUGGGAACUAGUGGUGGAUUAUCAGGCUGCGCAAGAUUUGCUGGUGGAUCAAUCGCCCAAGCUGUCUAUCUUGCCAUCUUCUCCAGCACGGUGACAAAAUACACCGCAAGGCUUGUACCUGCUGCUGCAAUGGCAGCGGGAGUUGACGAGGAUAAGAUCAGCGCUCUCUUUUCUCUGUUAGGAACAUCUAAGCUGGGUGAAGUUUUCGACGAGCGCGUUGUUGCUGCAGUCGGCGCUGCUAUUCAGGAGGCGACCCGGAAGGGCAUCCAGGGUAUUGCAUGGGCUUCUUUAGGCUUUGGUAUUGUAGGAAUCAUUGCUUGUCUUUGCUGCAAGGACGUGGAUGCGAAGAUGACGAACAAGAUUGAGGUAUACCUUGAGAACACUAAGGGCGCCAAGUACAACAAACGCCAUUAUAUUAAGAGAUAGAUUUGUACAUUAUUCUCCGG